UUAGUACUAAUCCUAAAUAUGGCUAAACUUUCUGCCAUCAUCUUCUUGCUUGUCCUCAUUAGCUUCAAUUGUGAUGAAGUAUUGGUUCCCAUGGCAGAAGCAAAAGACUGCAACAAGGUCUGGAACUGCAAAGGUGACAAACGUUGCUGGGAUGACUGUAAAAAUAGUUACAAUGGCAAGGGGCUUUGUGAUUUAUAUACCGCGCCCGGCGUCCCUAAGCAAUGCUUUUGUGCCUACAAGUGUUGAUUGUUGAUGAUCAUCAUCAACGUAAUAUCCACUCAGUAAUCUAAAUAAAUGAAUCUUCCCAGUGAAUGAUUCCUACAAAACCAGACUUAU